UGUAGAGUUAUCUUGACAGAAUUUGGAAAGACUUGUUCUUUGCAGUUUUAAGUGAUUUUUCCGUCACAAAUCUGAAAUAGUGCUGGAAUGGAGUUUUUCAGAGAUAUGCAUUCCAGAUAUCUGGAAAAAGAAAUGGAUAUACUGAUCAAACAAAAAAUGAAUAUGCAUCAUAUUCGCUCGAAUAGCACGAAUAAUUCAGCAGAUUCAUUCGCUGUGAAAGAUGAUGAGUCGGAUUCAAAUGAAGAAGCACAUCCAAUAAAAACACUUCCAUCUUCAAUUGAAAUGACCGAAUGUUCCACUGAAAGUGAGGAAAGAAAAACAAUACCAUCCCAAGAUCGGGACAGAAUUGUUUUAUCUGAUAUAACUAAUGCCAAAUUUGAUAACCUAAAUCGUAAGUUUGGCUAUCUUAAGAAAACUAUACGCAAAGAUCACAUGACACGAAUGGAGAAAAUCAUAAAUGAUUUCGACAAGGCUUACGCUAAAUCAUUCAGACCUCAGGAGUCAGAAACUGACGCUUCAUCGAUGGAAAUGAUCAACUUAUCCUCUGAGAACGAUAAAGACAGAAAAGAACGAAUCGGAGCAUUGAUGAGUUGGAACAUUGACGAGACAAAAAAAUUCCAAACUUCCGAUGAAGGGAUCGAAAUUUCUAAUCAAAAACAGGAUGUGCUCUAUCCAAUGUCGGGAAAAGUUUCGCUUGAGAUAGCAGUGGAUGAGAUGAGAAUGAAAUUUAAACAGUUCUUUGCAGACUUCGAUAUGAAAACCGAUACCUUCAAAACUCCCCAACCAGAACAAAACGUUUUCGAUGUUGGUAGUUCUUGUAAGAAACCACCAGUUCCAACACCCAAAGGUCCGAAAAUGACCGUUUUGGAGAUAAUCGAAAAUUCACGAAGAUCCAGGCAUGAAAGAUUGAAGAUGCGACGGAUAUGCAAUAGCGCCAAACGAACCGUUCCAGUGGAGAGGCAUUUCGAUAAAGAUGGUUCAUGUCUCAGGAUCCACGAGCCAGGUAGAACCUCAGCAGUACCUGAGCAGAAGAUUGUUGAUCCUCAGCAAGUAAGAUCAGUUGUAAGAAGUUGUCUCAGAGUAUUUCCGAGAACGAACAUAGAUACAAAUGAUUUAAUUUUAACAGAAAUGACUCCUAACAUGAUGACGAAUCAUUUUGGACAGCGACAUGAUGAUGCAAAAGACUCAAAUAUACAUACAAGCGGAAUCAGUGACAGAAUAUCUUCAGGGACUGCAGUUGCUGAAACAUCGGUGAUCUCCGAUGAAAUAUCGAACAUCGAACAAACUUCGAUGGAUUCUGAUUUAUCCCACCAUCUACAAGAUUCUCCAUACGGAAUAAACGAUUCUUGUGAUAGAUAUUAUGAGAGCAAUGAAAACCUACAAACCCCUACAAGUACUGAAAUAUCUUCAGAAGAUAAUCUGCUCAUUCAAAACCAAAAUCUGCAUUUUUCCUUGGCACCUAAGUCAAUUGAUAAUCUUCAUGGAAUCAACACGAAUAAUACCAGCGUUUGCAAACAAAAUUCCAAGGUAGAGAUUCAAGCCUCAGAGGUGAAAUAUGAUGAGGCGAAUCUAUUCGCAAAACCAUCUACUUCAUACGAAGCAUAUCCAAGAAAUAUUUCAGAUGGAGACCGUCAGGACGUGAACAAAUCAUUUAUUGAUGUCCAGAAUCUGUCUAUCAAGAAAGAGGAAAGUAAGGUUUAUUCUCAGAAUAAACCUCACUUUGUUGAGGAAGAUAACAGUGUAAAUCUGGCAGAAUCAAAUAACCAACAAAUAGAUCAUUUAGUUGUUCCUUGCUCUGAGGAACCAAAUAGUUCCACCAGAAAUUCUCAGAAUGAAGAAGAUGGUAAUCUGCCUUCUAUGAAUGGAUCGAAUCUGCCUUCGUCACACCAGAAUCUGGAAGAACAUUCCAUUGGCCCAUCUACAAGGAUCAACCAUUAUAGUGUGGACUUGUAUCCAUCUUCUCCAAGAAAAAUCAUCAUCCACCGAAAGAAUCCACCAAAUGAACAUGACCGGGAAAGAGAUGGUGAUUUUGAUGGAUCGCAAGGAUCAAGCGGAAGGAAAUUAGAAGGUUCUGUUCAAUUUAAUACAUUUUCCGAGGAAAUUGAAUUGAAAUUGCAAAAUAUUUACAGUUUGCCAGUCGGGGACAUCACAUGGAUGAGCGAUACCGGAAAUACUUCACACCAAGUUUUCCCAAACCUUCAGUCAACAUGUAUGUAUAAUGAAGAAAUGAAUGAAUUUUCUGACCUUGUUACCGUCGUCCGUUUGAGAGAGAGCGAUAUUGGUGAUGAAUUGAAUAAAUUAGGUAGUUACGAAGAUUUUGUGGCAUCUUUACUGUUCAAUACUUAUAUUUUGACGUCUGAAACUAAUCAAACUGUUUGAAUUGUUACAAAGUUUGUGAUCCUUUAUGCAAUACCUAUUGCGUAUAAAUUUUUGAGUUUAUUGUUCCUUGCAAAUUGUAAUACCUAGUACGUAGUGAUUAUAUUUAAAGAAAUCCGUUAAAAAAACUUUAUAUUUACGUAGUAAUUUUUCUUGUAUAGACUCUUCGAGCAUUUGACAUAUAUGUAUCUUGAAUUAAAUAAAAACUGUUCAAUUGUUGGGUGAAUCUUGUGGAAUUGUUCACAUCAAGUCACCUGUAUCGAUCAAAUGAUAUGGAAAAAUACAUAAUAUAUGAUAGAUGCAAAGAUGUAUUAUAUUA